CAGACUUAUCCACUCAUCCGUCAAUAUAAUACACAACGCUCCCACCCCACCUCAUAUGAACAUAAAAAAACCAGUCCAUCAACCCCAUCCCCCCAAACCACCCCCCUCAUCUCCAUACACAAAACCAUUAACCCAAACCGCGAAACCGAUUACCUCACCUCAAAACACCCCCCACGCCCGCCCAACCAAGCACGAAACCCGACAACGCCUCCCCCAACACACCACCCCCGAACCAAACAUCCCUCCACGCGCCCUUCCUUGCGACCUUCGCGCCCCCGUCGCCCUUCCCAAUAAACCCCCUCCCAUCAAUCCCCUCGAUCUCACCCGGCGUCGAACCAGGGAAGUACGCACCCGCCCCGACGCCCGCGGCACCGGAGGCUCGCGAAAGCAGGACGGCGUGAAAGAUGCCGGAGACGAAGACGGUGCCGAGCAGGUAGAAGAUGAAGCCGGUUGCGGACUGCAGGGCCAGGAUGCCGGCUGUGAGGCCCAGGAGGAAGGACGUGAGGGAGUGGAGGGUUGAGAGGACCUAUUUGGCUCCCCGCGGGGGUUGGGUUAGUCGGAUUCUGGGGAUAAGAAUGAAGGCAGGGCAGAUGGACUGCACUGCACUGGAGCACAUGAGGUGGAAGCACGUACGCGAUUAUUAUGCUGGACGGACUCCGGGACGAGCGGGUUGAUGAGGAGCGAGAGCUCCUGUUUCGUGGGGGCCAUUGCGCAGGGAUUGGAUUCUCUGUCGUCUGGACUUUGUGCGCUGAGAGGUAGUGUAGAAGACCACGAGGAUGAACCGGGCGGAGGUGAAUUGAGUUGUCUCGAUGAAUCGGCGAUGGAAUGAUGGAGACAGUCG